AUGACAGAUGCAUUUACGUCUACUGGCGCCACGUAUCAAAAUAACCAGACGGACCAGAUUUGUAAUAAUAUAAAUGAAAACUGUGUUUCUCAAAAUACAAAUUCACUAGAUCAUCACAAUAAGAGUGGCUCCACCAUUUCAACGAAAGUUAUGGAAGUGGAUCACUUAUGUUUGCAUGCUGAAACUUGCAUAAAUGGAACUUCGAAACAGGACGAAGGCCUAGUCAACCAAUUAAAAGAAAAUACUAUGUCGAAAUAUGUUAACAAAAAGGGUGAUGAUGGAAAGCCCUUAGAAAAAUUAAAAGGUCAUUUCAAGAAUAGUUUGAAAAGGAAAAAGAGAUCAUUCAAUAGGAAUAUUGAAGACAAUGGCAAUACAAAUGUGCCUGGAGUUUAUGAUGUGAUUAAAGCUCAAAAUAUAGAAAGAGGAGAGUUAAACUUACCAAAACUUGAUACAAGAGAAAUCAUAAAGAACUCCGAUAUCGCUGACUUUAACAUUGAGACUCUGCAUAAGAAAAAAGAUCCAAAUAACGAAAAUGUAUCAUACCAAGAUGAUAAAUAUGGAACGUUUAUACAAGAUAAAAUUCAUGAUGACCUUUCGCAAGAAAAUCAAAGAGGACAAAGCCCUACAUCCCAAACACAGAAACAUCGUUACCUUAGUAAUACCGACAGAAAACAUUAUUUACCUGAAACUACAGAACUUACUCACGAAAAUGAGGAAACCAAUACAAAAGAAGAUAAAACUCAGGAAAGUUCUUCAGAUCAAGAUGAAAAUGAUGACAGAUCUAACGAAAACUAUCAAAGGGGUGACAGGAUUAAUCAAAAUGCAAAAGCUCCAAAUAAUAUUUUAUCUAGAGGAAAUAUAAGAUAUUAUAAAGACGGAAAAAAUAAGAAUCAUAUCUCUAAGCCUAAGAAACUAAAUGACGAAAGUACUGAAGAUGAUUCACUGGAAAAUAUUAAUGAAAAUAGCUCAUCGCUUGAAGAAGAUGACGACGAUCACGACGAAAAGUUUAAAGAAGUCAAAAAAUUUGAUGUAAAUAGGGAGCGAAAACUAAAACCGAUUUCACAGAGCUGGAAACAAGAAUAUCACGAUGAUAAUGGAAAACGUACAGACAAUGACAAUUUAUCAUAUCAAGAAGGUGAAAAUGAUGAGAGAUCUGAUGAAAAUUUGCGUGAACAAAACGAAAGAUAUUAUGAUAAUAAUAAAAGCCAUUUACCCGCAUUUAGAAAACCUAAUGAAUACAAUGAUAAAACAAAUAAAGGGAAAGAUACAGAAAAUAAAUAUGAAAACGAUGAAGAUAACGAUCAGUCUCUUGGAAAUUUCAAGAAAGAUAAACAAACUACUGAUGAUAUACUAGGGAGACAUAAUCAAAAAUACAAUGAGAAUAGAAAUAAAUAUUUCUUAUCCGGGCUUAAAGAUCUUGAUGAGGAUAAUGAUGAAAAUUAUGAAAAAGAAGAUGAUAAUCCCAAAGAAAAUUUCAAAAAUGAUAGAAAUUUAUAUGGCCAGCCACAACCACCCAACAGUGUAUUACAAAAAUCAAAUCAACCAUAUUUAAAUGAUAAAAAUAAUAAAUAUCAACCAAUAAGAUCAGCAAAACUUGCCAAAGAUAAUAAUGAAAGGCAAGACAAUUACAAAGAAAAUCAAAAUAGUGAAGAUAUAGAUGAACCUGUAGAAAAUUUUAAAAAUGAUAGACGCAUACAUGAAAAUAAACAACCUGAAAAUUUAUUACAACCACAAAAUCAAUUAUAUUCUAACAAGAACAAUAAAUAUCCCGUACUAGAAUCUAAAAAAUCUAAUGAGGGAAGUAGUGAAAAUUAUGAAAGAGAAAGUAAAAAUAAAGAAAAUGGAUAUGAUGAAGACAGUAGAGAACCUGUUAAAAACUAUAACAGAAAUGAGGGUUUACUUAGAACUACUGAAGAAACGCCUUCACAAAGCUAUAGGUUUAUAGAUUUUGAGAGAGAAAAUAGCGAGGAAAACGACGGUGGCCUAAAAUAUUCUAAUCAGCCGAUAAAUAGCUACAGUGGAAAUACUGGCAGAACGGAUAUUCGUACUAAACCUAAUAUUGAUAGUAGUAAACAACAACUUUCAACGCCUGAUAGAUCAAUUCCUGGCAAUACAAAAUUCAAAGAAAACUUUGGUGAUAAUAGACAUAAAGAAACUGAAAUAAUAAACGAUAAUUAUGAAAAAAACUCUAAAAUACAACAAACUCUCGAUAAACCCAAAGCUAUUCAAGAAGUUGAUUUCAGUGAUUUUAGUUACGAUAGGUUCAGAGGAGUAAGUGAUGAAGAGAAACAGGAGCCCGCUAAGGACUCGUAUGAAAACUAUGAAACUGAUUCCUUAGCUACAACUACUUCCACUCAUUCUAAUAUAAAUGAUAAUAAUCCUUCUAGUGAGAAUAUUGAAUCUGAGGGUACACUUGAUACUUUAUCUCCACCAAGCAACAAAUAUGAUGACCAUUUAUACAAUAGAUUCGGCGAUGUAAGUAUUAAAUUACCUGAAAUUAAACUUCCAGAAGACAUUUUGGUGUAUGCCCAAGAAGCUCAGGGAAACAACAAGGAUAAAUUGAAAACUAAUUAUGUCAAAUAUCCUAAUGAUGAUAAUGCACAGUAUUCAAAGAAUCCCUUGCCUCAGGGAAAUCCUGAAAAUGUUUAUCAACAUUAUGUUCCUACAGAUACAGCGCAAUAUUCCGAACAACCAAAACCUAAAGAUGGUAAACCUGCUGAGGAAUACGAUUUUUUCGCUUCAUACAUCAAUAAACCUCAUGAAGAAAGUAAUAUUGAUGACACAAGCAACAAAAGUGACAUUGAAGAUGGCGAAGAUUUAUAUGAAAGGUUUGUUCGAGAGAGAUUCGGUAAGAAAGACUCUUAUAAGGAAAGGUCUGAAAAGAUACAAGAGAAGAAUUCACAAGAGAAUAAGCCCACAACAAAAAAUAAAGAACUAUAUGAAAAUAUACAAAAGGCAAUAAAAAAGGCUGAAAAGGUCCAAAAAGAAGCAGCGAAGAGUAAAGAUCCUAAAGCUAGCUAUCUGUGGACCUUAGAAUAUGGAGAAAAAUUAUAA